UGCCCAGGAGGAGGAGGAGGAGGAGGAGGAGGGGGGGGGGCUCCGAAAGGAGCCCGAGGGGCCUUUCUCAGAGGAGCCUUUUCUCUCCAGGAGGAGGGAGUCCCCAGAGGGCCUCCGCUUUGGAGCCGGACUCUAGAAGCACGCCUUCCCGACGCCUCCAAGAGCGGGGCUGGCUGUGCCUUUUCUGCCCAGGAGGAGGAGGAGGAAGCCCCCCAAGACUUUUCCAAAGCCUGGCCCAGGAGCAGAGAGGGACUGGAUCCACUUCCAGGAAGGGGCUCGGGCUCCAGUCGCCUUUUCCCCUGAAGCUCCUCCGUUUGGCGGCGCCUCCUUCUCCUCCUUGGCGGUGAGGAGAGGCCAGCCCUUGUCCCCGUUUCCCUCCUCCCGCCUGGAAAGUGGGGAGAAGCCCCUGACCUGUCCUGGCCUCUCCCGCUUGGAGCGGGGCUGGGAAGCGCCCAGGGGCAGAGGCUGGGCUUCUUUUGGGGGGGCUUCCUUGGUGGGAGCCAUGGCUGGCCAGAGCGCGGGAGGCCUCCCCAUUGGCUGAGCCCUGGUCACGUGCUCCCUCGCCCCCUCUCUUUCCUCACACCUCCCCCCUCCCUGCCCAAGACUACCUGCCUCCAUUUCAUUCCUUGCCUUGCCUUGCCUUUCUCCAAGCCGGCUUCUCCUGAGAUGUGGCACUUGGAGAGGGCACUGGCGCCCUGCCUGGGUUGCUGAGGCAUGGAACAGCCCGGCCGACUCUGCCAACCAGACCUGGAAGGGUUCCAGCCCUCAAACGGCUCACACCCGGCCCAGAACUGCAGCCCCCAAGAAAGCCCCGUCUACCAAGAUGGCACCCCGCUCUCCUGGAAGGUGGUCCUGGCCGUCCUCUUGGCCCUCAUCACCUUGGCCACCAUGCUCUCCAAUGCCUUUGUCAUCGCCACCGUCUACCAGAGCCGCAAGCUCCACUCGCCGGCCAACUAUCUCAUCGCCUCUCUGGCGGUCACCGACCUCCUGGUGUCCAUUUUGGUCAUGCCCAUCAGCACCAUGUACACCGUGACCGGGAAGUGGACCUUGGGCCAGGUGGUCUGCGACAUCUGGCUCUCUUCGGACAUUACCUGUUGCACCGCUUCCAUCCUCCACCUGUGCGUGAUCGCCCUGGACAGGUAUUGGGCCAUCACGGACGCCGUCGAGUACUCCACCAAAAGAACUCCCAAGAGGGCGGCUGUCAUGAUCGCCCUGGUGUGGGUCUUCUCUAUCUCCAUCUCCAUGCCCCCUUUCUUCUGGCGCCAGUCCAAAGCCGACGAGAUGGCCGACUGCAUGGUGAACACAGAUCACAUCUUGUACACCGUCUACUCCACGGUGGGCGCCUUCUACUUGCCAACCUUGCUGCUGAUCAUCCUUUACGGGAGGAUCUACGUGGAAGCCAGGUCUAGAAUCCUGAAGCAGACGCCAAAGAACACGGGGAAAAGGUUAACCCGAGCUCACUUGAUAACAGAUUCCCCUGGGUCGACCUCCUCGGUUACUUCCAUAAACUGCAAGGCCUCCGAAGCUUCCAGUGAAACAGGGUCUCCGGUGUAUAUGAACCAGGUCAAAGUGAAGGUGUCGGAUGCCUUGCUGGAAAAAAAGAAGUUGACAGCUGCCAGAGAACGGAAAGCCACCAAGACUUUAGGGAUUAUUUUAGGAGCCUUCAUUGUGUGCUGGCUGCCCUUCUUCAUCAUCACCUUGGUGUUGCCUAUUUGUAAAGAUGCUUGCUGGUUCCACAUGGCCAUCUCUGACUUUUUCACAUGGUUGGGAUAUCUUAACUCUUUGAUCAACCCCAUCAUCUACACCAUGUCCAAUGAAGACUUCAAGCAGGCCUUUCACAAGUUGGUACGGUUUCGGUGCACAAGUUGAAUUUUGAAGGCAGUUAAGUGUUAAUUCUCCAGGGCAGGAGGCUUGAAUGCAUUUUGUAUGUCUGGUUCUGCAGGUAGGUGGAUCAUUCUUACCUGUGUUACUGUCUCUGUGGAAAGAGAUAUCUGGAAUGGCAAAAUGGAGUUCAUUGCAGGGGAGAAGCAUGCAAACAUAGUGUAGCUUCUCCUUCAGUGUGGAAGCAGUUAUAAAACCUCUGAGCCUUGGUUAGAGAUGCUGACACCACUUAAAUAUACUCCCACUUAACUACCAUUGUUGAAGGAAAUAGUUUGGGCCAUAAAAAAGAUUAUUUCUUCUGGAUUGGUAGAGCCAUUGUGGUAGGAAUUGGAGAGAUUUUGGACAACGUCUUUGGAGACAUCUCCACCACCCAGCGUGACCUGAACUAAAAGUUUGUCAUCUGGUCUCCUCUGCCAGGAGAUCCUUGCCUCUCAGCCAUCUGUGUUUGAAAGCCCUUUGCCAAUGUUUCACUUCUUUUUCCCCCCUGCUAGCUUGCUUAUUUAAAGACUAUGCAGAGUGGACUGUAAGCGAAUUGCGCAUGCUGCUCAAAACCUUAGUAGUCAUACAGAACAGAGAGACCUGGAAGAAUUGGCUCUAGUAGUGUGAUAAUGCUAAGCGCUCCCUGAAUUGCUUAUAGUUUAAAAGGCUAGAGAAACAGUGAGGAAGUGAAUCAAAUACAGAAGAGCCCAGCAUGAGAAAAGCAACUCAUUCUUAUCUGUGGUUUUUGUACUGGUGUUGUCUUCCUUUCUGUUUAACAACUUGCCAAACUGUAACCAAGAAAUCAAAUAGUGUGUAUGUGUAUAUGUUUGUACGAGUGCAUGCAUGUCAGCCUGCACAUUUGGGUGUCAAAGCCUGCAAGCAGUUUUGUUUUUAUUUUCUUUUUUUCCGUUAAUGCCUAUAUGUUCCUAACAUCUUGCGGAUGACUCACACACAAAGCUUCUGUUAAUUCACAUAUUAAUAUUAAUACACAGAGAUCGUUUAACACCAACUCUUUCUUUCUUAAAGCUGCCUUAGCUCACUAGCUCAACAUUGUUAGUUUGUCUUAGAAAAAAAAAACAUCUGGUGUUUAUUCCUAUAAUGACUAAAAUGACACAUUAAGAGGCCUUCAUUAUUUCUUUUACAAAAAACCCACCUUCCCACCUCCACCCCAGUGCAAAGGAGUCUUCCAUUACUCUGAUUUCAUAAGCAUAUUCUUUCCACUUCAGAGCUUCAUGUCAUAUUAGGCACCUUAAGGGACCUGCUCUCUUUUCCAGAAAUACUUCUGCAACACUUUAGUUAAGAACCCUUAUGUACAGUUUAAAAUUCCUUCAUUAUCGCUCCCUCUGCCCCAAUCAUUUCAGAAAUCUUUGACACAACUGGAGGAAGGAUUCUAAACCAUAUAGAUUAUUCACCCAAGUAAAGCAAUAAGAAAAACUAGUUCCACCAGCAUCAGUACUUAGAGACCUGUAAAGUUCCCCUUUGUAUCUGCUGUGGUGCAAAAGAUCAGAUUUGCACAGUGCUUAUUACUUGCCUUCAAUGAACACGGUAUUUAGAAAAUCCUGUUAAAUCUGUCCUGAAUUAUGUAAUUCAUGCAGGGGAGCCUGCUGACUUUACACAACCCCAGUCUGCAAGUUAGUGAACUUAUAAAAGCAGCUUUUAUUAUGUAGCAGGGUUUGAACUGAAAGCCCUCCCAAAUAAAUGUGCCCUUUCUGCUCUCCCCUGGGCUUUGGCUCUACCCAUAGCUAAAGAAUGACCAUACCUGCUUUUUAUACAUGGUUGGUCAUAAAAACUUGAAAGAUUUUGACUAGAACGUUAUGGUUUGUCUGAGCACUGUGUUGUUUGUCUCCAUCAUGCACAAGACUAGAAAUAUCUUCCUUUGACUCUGUGUGAGGAAUUGUCCAAAAAUCCAAAUAAGGCUCCCUGUGCCUCUGCUUUUACCAUUACAUGUGGGCACUAUUUGGAAAUAAACAACCACUAUUUGGAAGUAAUGCUGUCCUUUAAUCAUACUUCAAAAUGAAAUCCCUAAUUGUAGAGCCUGUUUAGUGAAGAAUUGUGUGUGUGUGGAAAGAAGACCUUUUAUUCCCAAGAUCUGGAGCGUUGUUCUAGCAAUAAGGGAUUCCACCUCUCUGAAAGCAGUCUUUAUCCUGUCCCAUCCAAUGUUAAUCCAGUGGUAGCUGGUGGAAUCCAUGUUAAUAAAUGGUGAAUCUACUCAAUAUUUCCAUCCAAACUUUAAGAAGCCAUCUAAAUUAUUGAGUCUAGUGUUCUCCUUUGAAGUUGAGGCUGCAACCUGGAGCAAAUUCACUUCCCCACUGACAUGGAAAUUACCAGACACCACUGUGUUGGAACAACCACCAAAAGAGGGGUUACUCUUGCAUGAAUACAAGAGUCUACAAGAUUCUACAAUACAAUAUUCCACAACCAUAGAAUAUUCAUGAAAUUUCACUUCCAUUUCCCUAUUGAAACGUGUUUUACAGAGUAUGGCAGUAACACUCCACCCAAAUCAAACAAAUUUCUGCCCCAAGGGUCUUAAAGUCUAAAUGCUGUCAGAGAGGAGACAGAAGCAAGGAUAGUAAAGGAAAGCAAGCAAGGGGUAGUGCAGAAUAAACGUGAAUAAAUGCAAUAACAUGCACUUGCCCUUCAUAUUAAACCAAAAUGUAGACGAAAUUGGAUUGGAUUUUCAAUGACAUUUUCAUUCAGUUCUUAUAAAAAAGAAAUACCAUUCACCAGACUUGGAAAAGAAACAGAACAAAUACUGUAUUGAUUUGGCAAGCUCUUUCCUGCACUUCUGAUUUUCAUGGGUAUACACUCAAAGUUGAGGUGUCUGUCUGUGUAUCACAAUGUUUGGAGUUAAUUCCCUUCCUUCUUUUUUAGUGGAAAGAGUUGCUAAUCUCAUUCUGAAGGGCCAGAGGAAUAAAACUUUGCUUUUAAUGAACCAUGCAUGAAACAGUGCAGCUACUCCAAGUUGGUUGUUUGAGAAAACCAGAAAGUUGUUCAAGAAAUAUAUAUAUUUCUAUUUUUAAAAUAGAAGAUCUGGAUAUUGUAACAAUGAGAUCUUGAAUUCAGUCAAAAUGCUUCACAUGGCUGGGCCUGACACAGAGAAUGAAUUGCUUAUCUCAUAAUAAUUCAUAUUGUUUGCACUACUACAGUCUCCUUCGUAAGUGAAGCACCUUGCGCUUCUUGCUUUGGGAACACAGGAGGAAAAACAUGGAAGUCUUAUCCCUACAUCUUCUUAAUUAAUUGGAUAUAAAAAGAAACAGCCCUUUAAUGUCGUGACUAUAUAGAUUAGUUCAUAUCUGUAUCACUGUUACCUCAUCAAACACUAAGGAAUCUAAAAUAAUCUGAAACACUGACUGUUUGGUGUUGUGAUCCCACAGGACACUGAAGGAGUGGGAUUUUUCCUCCUACUAUAUUAUCUGCAAAAUAAAUGCUUAAUUUGAAUCUGGAAAAAAAAAACAAACCUGCUGCUACUGAAGAUUUAUCCUAUUUCAUUAUAUAUUUUUACUCAUUAUUUUUCUAAGAUUAGAUAGGUAAUCUCUACAUAAUAAGCCCAGCAGUCAAAAUUAAAAAUUCAGAAUAUGGUAUGUUUCAUUUGCUUUGAUAGGAUUGCGUUGCGAGUGUCCAUCCUAACUGUAACAGAAAAUCAAACAAUAAAAAAGCUUUACUGUGUUCUGAACAGCAUUUGACAGAAAUUGCUUUACUAUUGAUGUGACUAUUUAAUGGGUUACUGGAGACACCAUGUUUUCUUUU